AUGAACUCUUCCACUUCUUCAGAAAAUGUGUUCAUAAAUUCAUUUAGCUAUUUGAAUCAAACAUCACAAGCCGUAAUCUCAGGUAACUCCACUUUCGCAAAUGUUAUCAACUUUCCUUAUAGACUUGGAUUAUCCUUUAUUGGGGCUGUGAACUUGCAGUACGAGCAAACCGUUAAAUCUGAAGAAAUUCCCCCAACUCUAAGGUCUGUUUUUGAUACAAUAGGGUUUUUUUUCAGCCCGUACGCCAUAUUUUGCUUUGUAAUCGCCAUUGUCCUGAACCGGUUCGUUGUAUUUUACGCCGUCCUUAACAACGGUUCCAGACGUACUUUACCGUUAUGGUUGAGUAAUGUUUUCCAUGUAUCAGCAGUAGUUGUAUUAGCAAUGGUAUCCUUAGGUCCGCUGACCUUGGGUAAGGAUUUCAAAAUAUUAGGCGACCCUGCUUUUGCCCAAGAAAAAUUUUUACUGAAUAUAUUCUACGCUUUCGCUUACUCUUAUUGUGUCGAAACCAUAUUUACCAUCAUGCGGAAUUCCAGCCCUUUGGAGGGCACUGACUAUUCAUUGUUUGAACUUUCGAUUCAGUUUUAUACAAUGACUAAUAAUAAUACUAAAUUUUUAGAUUCUCCUGAUUACAUUAUAGACUGUUCUAUGGCUAUUUUGAGCAGGAUAUUGAUCCAUUUGGUGGAGAUUUUCAGGCUUAGAAAUUAUCGUCUACUUUUUAGUACUAUUAUGAACCUCUGUCAUAUUUGUUACUUAGGGAUAAGAGUUAAGCAGGGCGGCUGGAAAAGCCUUCCAUUUUCGGUGAAAUUUAGGCACUUUCCAAAACUGUUUUCAGUGUCUAUUAUUUGCUUAUCAUUACUGAUUUUUAAAUUAUCAUGCUUAAUUAGAUGGGAUCCAUUUGGAAAAUCACGUAAUUCUUGCGAACUUUUACAGUUUUACCCUCUCAGUAGAAAUUGGAAAAAAUACUUAAAUUACACGGGAGAAGAAGAUUUUUCUGCUAUGGCCACUAAAUUCGCACUAUUAUUAUGCUCAGGAACUGAACUAAUGGAAAAGGGUAUACGAAGAGAAUUUCCUGCUAUUAACAUCCCGGAUAAUGUUAAUGAGAAAUUUUUUAUUAGCGGUUAUUUAAAUGAACUUUCUAAACCGUAUAAAGAGAACACUUCCAUCAGCUUCCCAAAGAAAAAUUCAUCAAUAUUAAAGCAAAGAUUUUUUUUAAUGUUUCCAAAAUCUAUAAUAUGGAUCAUGAAGAAGCUUGUAGGCCAAGUAUUCUUUGGCUUCAGAGAUAACAAGGACGAGGACAUCCCCGACAACGACCCAUCAAAAAUGUUAAAGAUAACUAAAACGAACUCUCUCAAUAAUAGUGCCGGCCACAAAGAAGAUAUUGAACUUGAACUAUUGAACACAUCAGAUGAUGAGUAUUCUGAAGAUUACGAGCCUUCUGAAGUUGAGUCACUGGGGGAUUCUGAUGAAGAAAACUUGGAAGAAGAUUCACUGAUUUUCAACGAAACUCGGGAUGCCCUACUGGAUUUAUUUUCUUCCGAAGAUAAUGAAGUUCAUACUGAUUAUAAUUGGAUCAUGUCAACUAGCCGUAUCCUUCAACAAAAAUUACUGUCAGAUAAAACUUUGACAAGGGCGUCUAUCUUAGAUACAAAGUUAAGUGAAGUAGAUGAGACUUUUGGUACAGAAAGUGAUUUUGAUCUAUCUUGCGCGGUAUGCAAAGUCAAUGAAAGAAAUACAGUAUUAUGGCCCUGCCGAUGUUUUGCCAUUUGCGAGGAUUGCAGAAUUUCUUUGGGUUUACGUGGGUUCAGCACUUGCGUAUGUUGUAGGAGUAAAGUUCAUGGGUACUGUAAGGUUCAUCCUGUUUCAGAUAGUAAAUAA